AUGGCUGCUGCUCAAGGUUACCCUCUUUUGUGCUUGGAAAACCCUCUCCUCGACAUCCAGGCUCAAGGUGAUGAGGCUCUUCUCGAGAAGUAUGGCCUUAAGGCCAACGACGCCAUCCUCGCUGAGGAACAGCACAUGGGAAUCUACGAUGAGCUUAUCCAGCGGGAUGCUAAGCUGAUCCCUGGAGGUGCUGCCCAGAACACUGCCCGUGGUGCUCAGUACCUACUCCCCGAGAACUCAGUUCUGUACAUUGGCUGCAUUGGCAACGACAAGUUCGGCGAGACCCUCAAGCGCACCUGUGAGGAGGCUGGUGUCCACACCGAGUACCGUAUCGAUGAGACCCAGCCUACUGGCAAGUGCGGUGCUGUCAUCACUGGACACAACCGCAGCUUGUGCACUCACCUUGCCGCUGCCAACGAGUACAAGCUCGAACACUUGAAGCAGCCCCAGAUCUGGUCCCUCGUCGAGAAGGCCCAGUACUACUUUGUUGGAGGUUUCCACCUUACUGUCUGCGUUCCCGCUAUCUUGGCUCUCGCUGAAGAGGCUGCUGUCAAGAACAAGCCCUUUAUGCUCUCCCUGUCUGCUCCCUUCAUCUGUCAGUUCUUCAAGGAUCAGCUCGACAGUGUCCUGCCCUACACUGACUACACUGUCUGCAACGAGACCGAGGCUCGUGCCUAUGCUGAGGCCCACGAGUGGGGCACCGAGGAUGUGGUUGAGAUUGCCAAGAAGCUCGCCCUCCUCCCCAAGAAGAACACCCAGCGUGGCCGCACUGCCAUUGUCACCCAGGGCACUGAGCCCACUGUUGUCGCGGUCGCUUCUGUCAGCGGUGACGUUGAGGUGAAGGAGUUCAAGGUCCACGAGAUCUCCAAGGACUCCAUCAACGACACCAACGGUGCUGGUGAUGCUUUCACCGGUGGUUUCUUGGCCGGCCUCGUUUCCGGCAAGCCCCUCGAGGACUCCAUUGACAUGGGUCAGUGGUUGGCCAGCAAGAGCAUUCAGGAGCUUGGUCCUUCCUUCCCCUCCCCCAAGCAGGCUUACUCCCGCUCGUAA